AGAACUCAGUGCAAGUUUACGCAGGAUUCUAGGCGAGUGGAACUCCCGCCUGUAGAGAGGGGUGGGUUGCGCUGUAGUGAGUUGUUGGGUCGCUUUGCUGCAGGCUUAUAGCUGCCCGUCGCCCUUUUGGUGAGCAGAGUACAGAUACUGUUAGAUACAGGUCCUGAAUAGGGCUGAGUGAGAAGGGCAGGGUAGGGGCGCAUUUGCCCAAGCUGGGUCCCUUGGUGGGGAGGGAGGGGGGCAGAUAUGUUUUCAGGUUUAUGGUGAGGACAGAGGUAAUGGACAGAGCUAAAGCAGUGGUUUUGGAAUCGUGUAUGCUCCACUUAAAAGCUGACAUUGUAACAUUGUAUCCUGGGAGGCCAUACAAUUAAGGUCCAGGCCAUGGCCACAAAGCCAAAGAAACGCAAGUGUGUGUUAACGGAGUCUAUUUUAAUAGACUUUCCAUUUAUUAGGCCAGGCCCUACUGAGAACUAUGCUUUUUGUACAUUGUGUCAAACUGCGUUUACUAUUGCGAGCGGCGGGAGAUCUACGGUGAAAGAGCAUUCGGCUUCCAAACGGCAUCUAAACGCCUCCCAGACUUUUAUUGUAAAAGAAAACUCCUUCUUUAAAACGUUUCUGCCUGAUGCCAGUGAAUUCAGUUUAGCGUUUCAGGAAGGGACAUUCGCUUUUCACACAAUAAGACAUCACCAAAGCUUUUUAUCUAUGGAUUGCUCAGCAGGUCUGAUUAAAAGAUUCUACGAACGCAAAUUUAGUUGCUCGAAGACUAAAUGUGAAACCAUAAUAACCGACGUGUUAGCCAAAUGGGCAGAAGACACGGUUCUUCAAGAUAUUGACAAAGUAUCUUAUGUCACUUUGCUUACUGAUGCUUCAAACAGUGGGCAAGUUAAGCGAUAUCCUGUGCUUUUGAGGUAUGUUAUAAUAGAUACCAAACCUAUGGGUGACUGUAAAGUUCAAAUAAAGACCAAACUUGUUGAUUGUUUUGAAACAGAUGGAGAGACCACAGAAACGUUGUCUGAAGAUGUCCUCCAAGUCAUAAGAAAGGUACUUGUAGAAGACAAAAUAGUGGGCAUGUCAGCCGAUAAUAUGAACUCCGAUUUUGGAGGCUUAAAAAGAAAAGGCACCAAUAAUGUUGUAAACAGAAUUAGGGAAUCCCUGAAAAGGAACGUGAUUGCUAUAGGAUGCAUAACACAUAUUGUGCAUAACUGUGCACAGUGUUCGGUUGACAUGAUUCCAUUAGACAUUCAAGGAAUGGUUACAAAGAUUUUUGGCUUUUUUCAUGUAUUCUCUGUAAGAGCUGAAUGUUUAAAAGAAUUCUGUGAGUUCACCAGUCAACAAUGGAAAGAGAUUCAGAGUUACAGCAAUGUGCGGUGCCUCUCGCUGUUGCCGUUUCUCGGCAAAGUUCUCCAGCAUUACGCAGCUUUAAAAUCGUUCUUUUUGGCUGAAGAAAAAUGCCCGGUGGUCUUGAAAAAAUGGUUUUCGGAUCCUUCUACUUUGCUUUGGUUGGAGUUUGCAAAUUCAAGUCUUUGUCUGUUUCAGGAAACUGUUAAUAAAAUUGAAAAUCAGGAGGGAACCGCCAUUGAAUCUUCAGUAAUUAUGAAUGAUUUAAUCCAAAAGAUAACAGUGAGGAGAAAUGAAAACUUUAUUCCACCUAAGGUCAAAACCAUUCUGUCUUCCAUGGAAGAGCAUGGCUCGUACACAAUAGCUUGCUUUUUCAAAGUCUCCAAUGACUUCUACACCACUGCUUUACAGUACCUGAAUGCUUGGAGUGUUAAUUUUGAGCAUGUUGACAAAAUGGAGUGCAUGUUACUAAAACAUUUACCGGAUAGGCAGUCAUUUGAGCACGCCGUUCAUUUUUUCUUAAGCAAGUCUAAUUUGGUGGAUAUAAAGGAAGACGAUCUAUUUAAUGAGAUUACAUGCUUAAAAAGUUUUGUCACAAAGGAUAAAGUCCAGGAGUGGAACUCAAAUGGUGUCACUACUUGUGAGAGAUGGAGCCAAGUUUUUUCUCAUUUCAGUCAGAAAUCGCUAUCUUUCACACAGCUAAAAACAAUAGUUGAAUUAACACUCUGUAUGCCUGGAAGCAGUGCUCCAAUACAAAAAGUCUUCUCGGCUAUGAACAUGAUGUCGGACGCUGAUUACUCCAAACUUGGUGUGCAGAGUCUCAAGUCAGUUUUAAUGGUUCUGAUUAACUUUCCAAUGUCAUGCCAGGAGUUUGCUGUAGAACUGGCAUAUAGAAAAGAUAUACUACAGAAGAUACAAUUAUCAGAAACAUGAUGUACAACUAAAACUUUGCUGGACUUAACUGGAAUGAGAACCAAUAAUCCCAUGACAGGUUGCUGUUGAUUGUGUACUGAUGGUGUUUUUCUAUCAUUCUUUGAGAAGGCCUUUACUUAAUAGAGAAGUAAAGUUUAAUGAAGAGAGAGAGGCUAGAAAUGCUACGUAUUAUGUAUUGGUUUUCUACACUGGGCUAGGUUGAUCAAAGCCUUUUAGCAGUGAAGAUUUGUGCCCCCAAAGAUGCCCCCCUGUAGCUCCCCAUCUUCUUUUCUGCUGAUUUACAAUACAUUCUCUGGGCUGCUGUCACUUACCUGAGCUUAGGAAGCAACUUGCAAUAUACAAUAAAGACAAUAAAAGUCACGAAACAAGGCUAGCUAGUAAUGAAUUCAGAUUCACAUUACAUGUUAAUAUAUCUGUUUAUCUCGACUGCCGCCCGGAGCACACUGAGCAUGUGCAGUGUCGCUGACAAUCAAAAGACAGGAAGCUCUUGUCGACAAUUUUUGCAGGACUGGAUUAUUACAGUUAGGGCUGCUGAACCUCUGCUGGUACCAGAGCCACCAGGUCAGAGAAUAGAAAAGGACUGGCAAACGCUACUUCCAA